UACAAACAAUGAACGUCUAAAACUGUCUCAGUUCUUCUUAACCCUGUUUAAUAAAACAGUCUAUGUAUUCUUUUUUUGAAUAUACACUUAUAACAUUUAAAUAGUGAUACCUAAUACCUAAAUAUACCUAAUGUGGCAUCUUUGUCUGGUAUAUACCAACCCACACAGGAUUUUCACUCUAAUACAGCACCCCAUUUAUCGGUAUUUUAAAGUGACAUUUUUAAAUUGACACUUGGGGAGAAAUGUACUGUGAAUGUAAAAGAUGAACAGAUACACGAUAUUGCACCAACUUGGUGAUGGUACUUAUGGUUCGGUGGUGCUUGGCCAAAGGAAGGAUACUGGCGAAAAAGUGGCUAUAAAAAAAAUGAAGAGAAAGUACUACAGUUGGGAUGAAGCUAUGAAUUUAAGGGAAGUGAAGUCCUUAAAGAAACUUCACCACUCAAACGUUGUCAAACUAAAAGAAGUGAUUAGGGAAAAUGAUGUUUUGUAUUUUGUUUUUGAGUAUAUGCAGGAAAAUUUGUAUCAGCUUAUUAAGGACAGGAGGGUACCUUACCCGGAAGCUACUGUUAGAAAUAUGUUGUAUCAGAUUUUACAAGGGUUGGCUUUUAUCCAUCGGCAUGGUUUCUUCCAUAGGGACCUUAAGCCGGAGAAUAUCCUUUGCUCAGGCCCAGACUUAGUGAAAAUUGCUGAUUUCGGCUUAGUAAGGGAAAUCAGAUCAAGGCCACCAUAUACUGACUAUGUUUCUACCAGAUGGUACAGAGCCCCAGAGGUUUUACUGCAUUCAACAACUUACAGCAGCCCAAUAGACUUGUGGGCGGUAGGCUGUAUAGCAGCAGAAGUUUAUACUUAUAGGCCUUUAUUUCCUGGUACUACAGAAACUGAUCAGCUCUAUAAGAUUUGUGCUGUUAUGGGAACUCCUGAUAAGAAAAAAUGGCCUGAGGGAUACCAGCUAGCCGGAGCUGUAGGCUUCAAAUUUCCAUACUUCUCCAAAACUCAGUUGAGUGAGGUGGUGCCUCAAGCCAGUAGUAUAGCAGUGAGUCUUAUGGACCAACUAAUGGAAUGGAAUCCUGCGCAUAGGCCCACUGCUCAAGGAGCUUUAAAGCAUCAAUAUUUUCAGGUAGGACAUCAUUACAGCGCUACAACUCGACAAGUGUCAAUUCCAAACUCUUUACAAGACAAUUUUAAGAGUCAAGCUCGGAUACACUUAAUGCCUCAUCCGAUUCAAACAAUUCAUCCCUCUCCAGGGAAAAAGAGGAAUGAUAUGGAACCUUCUUCUUUACAAAUCCAAGCAAACGGCCGGAACAUAUUAAACGACAUCCAAUCCAAUAAUAACGGUCCAAUGCCACCCAGUGUCCAAAUUAACAUUCAAUCUCUGAUCAAACCAAUGAAGUCGCCUGAUAAACCCCCACCUCAACCCAUAGUCUACUCCUUUGGCCAACCAGAAUUCGGCAAAAAGUUAAUCAUAGAAAAUCAGAAGUUGUUUGAAAGUUCUGAGUACAACAGUAAAUAUUUACCGUCGGCUCUGAGCGGGGUGGCUCAGAACAGGAAGAAAAUUUCCUGGGAUUUUGGUAUCGGGGGUAAUUACGAGUAUGCCGAGGACGAUUUUGCUGAUAUCUUAGGGAGAAAAAUCAAGUUGCCAAAUCAAGAAAAGCAGUUGAAUAAAGAUUAUCAACAGCAGAAAUUGAACUUAAGCCAGUUUAAUUUGGAGGAUUUGUUGGAGCCGUUAGCCAAAGCUAGUGCAGGUACAGCGAGGUCCCAAUAUCUAAGCGUAUCCAGAUACGUAGCGGGUCAUCCAGUUUCUGGAACAAGAAGAGGUGAUAUGGGUUUGGGACAAAAUUUUCCUCAUUCGGGCCUUAAUAGUGGAAUCUAUAGGAAGAAGUCUGGAGUGUUAGAAGGGUUAUAUCAAUAUCAAGGUAACGAAUAAGGAGGGCUUUAAUAGACUUUAUAACCUAAAUAACCGGAUGUUAGAAUUAAUAUUAUUUAAAUAAAUUAAUUAUUUGUGUAUCUAA